UUGCGGGAGUCUGUUCCAUAGCGUAGCAUCUCCCAGGUGCAAGACUGAAUCCAGAAUCCAAAGAGCGCCACCUCCUCCUCCAAGCACGACUCCCCGGCCAUACGUCCAAAUGCAAGCUGCAGGACCUGCAAGCCCAAGAAAAAAGGAGACCAUGUAACGUGGGUAUCGUUGGGGAUUGGAAGUCUUUAAAACUGUCAAACUUCUUCCUCGACGAGAGUUCCACUUCCACUUUUGACCCCUCCGAGGAUCUUCAACAAAUCGAGCCUUUUUCUUGCUGCUUGGGCCUGACGAGUGCCCCUGGCACUCUGUCCCCCUCGGAGUCUAAAUUAUCGACCCGCCCCCAGAUCUCUCGUCUGUCGAUCUUGUCCUCAGUCUCUUCAACCCUCGCCCGAUCUUCCCCAUCACACCAGCACGUCAGUAAUUGUUACUGCAACGCAGCCCAGCCAGGAUGGCGACGAUCAUGGCGAGACGCCCGCAGCACGGGGACGUCACCAAGAUCCCAACUCCGCCAUUACAGGCCACCGCCCUCUUCCUCAACUUCUUCUUCCCGGCCAUAGCAUUGGUGGUUUUGUCUCUCAGGUUCUAUUCCAGAGCCUGGACUCGGCAAUGGGGCCUCGAUGACUUGCUGAUCGGUCUGGCCAUGUUGUGCUCCCUACUCAUGUGCGGGCCCUUUUACAUGUAUAUCAAGCUCAACUACUGGGGUUGGCACCAGGAGGACGUCCCGGAAUUCGACCCGGCCCCAGGCAAGUGGUGGUUCUAUCUAGCGCAACUGUUCUACAACCCGGUGCUCGCCUUCGUCAAGGCAUCGGUGCUGGUGUUCCUGCUCCGCCUCGGUGGCCAGAAGCCCGGUGUGCGCUGGGCCAUCCACGGGCUCAACCUCUUCAACGGCUUGCAGGCCGUCGCCAUCUUUCUUGUCGCCCUCCUCCAGUGCCUGCCCAUCUCGGCCAACUGGGAUGCCGCGGCCAUGGCAAAUGCCAAGUGUGUCGAUGUCUCCUUCCACGUCACGAUUUCGUGCUUGACCAUCCUCACCGAUAUCCUGGUCAUUGCCCUACCAUUCUGGAUCUUCCUCGGCCUGCAGAUGCCAAAGGCCGCAAAGGUCGCCGUGAUCGGUAUCUUCAUGCUUGGAUUGACUGUCAGCAUUAUCGGUAUCGUCCGGCUCGUCAAUGUCUACAAGUUAUUCUACGUCUAUGAACCUAACAAGGAUCCGUACUACGACAUCGGCAUCACCCUUAACGUCGUCGAGGUCAAUGUCGCCAUCAUCUCCGCAUCGGCCCCCGCGCUGCGGCCGCUGUUCCGGGCCUGGCUACCGAACCUGUUUGGGGGCUCCAGCUUCAGGUACGGCCCGGGGGCCAACAAGUACGACAGCCAGCCGACGUUUGGCGGGACGCCACGCAGCGGCAUGCACCACCGCGAGACGACGUCGCACCUGGGCAGCAACCCAAACCACAGCAUCGCCCUCAAGUCGAUGCGCGUCGGCAACAGCCGCACCCAGCACACCGAGUGCCGCAGCGUCUCCCCCAGCGGCUCCGAGGAGGAGAUCAUGACCUACAACGGCAUCAUGCGUACCACCGACGUGCGCGUUCAUUUCGUCGGCGGCGAGGAGAACAACCAGGACGCCCACUCCAGGUCGAGCAGCGACUUCAAGCAGAACAAGGAGGCGAAGCCUACUGCCAUAUAAAAAGGAAACAUACCAUACCCCUUAAUCCUAUCAGUGUGUAUGAUUAUGACAUGGAAGGGGGCAAACCGGAGUGGAACAAUUCAGCCGUCGCCCGAGAGAAUAAAGAAGAAAAGUCGGAG